CGCCAAAGUUGUCUGUAAAGGGUGGUUGCAGGUAGUGAAUCGGCAGCCAGAAUGCUGCUGAUAUGGCAGCUGCAGUGGGCUGCUUUGGUGCUGCUGCUGGCAGCAUGUGGGCCUACCUGUCAUGGGCAGGAUGACAUCGAGCCAGACCCAUUUGCCAACACCCGCUAUCUCAUUGGGGGGGAUGGAGGAGAUCUGGUGGACCUUCGUACCAGCCUGGAGCCGACCUACCUAGUGCUGGCCCCGAGCAUUGUUCGUCCCGGUACCGUAUAUCGGGUGAUGGUGAACAUCCUGCGCGCGCGCCAGCCGGUGGACACGCGUGCCGCGCUUCUGCGGGACGGUGUGCAGAUCAGCAGUGCGGCGGCCCGACUGCAGGCCGGCUACCCGCACACCCUGCUGCUCAAGGUGCCUACCACCAGCGUGGAGGGCAACUACCAGCUGCGUGUGGAGGGAAACUACCCGGACACUGUCGGGGGCACGCUGUUCCUGAACGAGACCAGCGUACACUUCUCCACGCGGUUCCUGACCAUUCUCAUCCAGACCAGUCGGCCCGUGUACAACGGUGACCAGAGAGUGUGUUUCCGCGCGAUCAUGCUGACCCACCGUCUGAGGCCGUUCGACGAACCGGUGGAUGCCUACGUUCUGGAUCCUGACGGCUACGUGAUGCGCUGGUGGCCCUCGAGGCCGACCAACAACGGCGUCGUCUCGCUGUGCUUCCAACUGCCGUUCCUGCCCAAGACGGGCAUGUGGAUGAUCCGAAUCAAAGUGCGCGGGCAGGUGCAGGAGAAGCAAGUCGCCGUCGAAAAGUACUACGUGCCCAGAUAUGAGGUGUUCGUCGACAUGCCGAUGCACUUCCUGACCACGGACAAGUACGUGGAGGGCCGCGUGGUGGCCCGAUUUGCCGAGACCAAGAAGCCGGCAGUGGGCAAUAUGACGCUGGAUCUCUAUUUCCGAGAGCAGCUGGAGACCAGCCUGAACAAAUCGUUCUCGUACGCCAACCAACAGAUCACCAAAUGGGUGAAUGGACCCUACCAGUUCCGUUUCUCCAUGGAAGACCUGGUUGCGCGCGUGCCGCGCAUCGACGGCGCCCAGCUCAAGGUGGUAGCCCGCAUGCACGAGUUUUUCGAGGGCCUCAAUGAGACGGGCUACUGUGUAUCACACGUGAUCAACUCGACCGUUAGUCUGCGCUUCGUCGGCAGCCAGCCGAUGGUCUUCAAGCCCGGCAUGCCUUUCGAGGGCGUGAUGGCCGUGUCGUACCACGACCUGCAGCCGCUGUCGGCGGAGCGGCUGCGCGGAUCGUCUCUGACCAUCACCUCGUCAGCGGUGGGCUCUGGGACUCGCAGUCAGGAGGUGGUACCCCGCUACGAGGCCAUCGAUCACCGCUACUGGGGAUCCACCAUCAACAGGAACUUUUACUCUACUACGACCACCACUGCGCGGCCGGGUGCGGCGACCCUGGCUCCGGAGUGGCUACUAGACUACCACCGUAACAACACCGUACAGCGGCUUCUGGAGGAGCAGCGAUUUGCCGAGUAUCGUACACGCGGCCUGCAUCGAUUCCGAUUCAUAAUGCCACCGCGUGGGGGCUCGCGUAUCACGCUGACGGCACAGUAUGAGGACGAAGAAGGAGGAAGGGCGACAGCCACAAUGGAUCUGCUGCCUUACUACUCUCUGGAGGAGCGGUACAUCUCUGUGGAGACGUCCACGGAGCGCGCCGGCGUCGGUCAGUACGUGGUGCUGCACGUGCGCGCCUCCUUCCAGAUGGAGCGGUUCGCCUAUGUGGUGAUGUCCAAGGGCCUGCUGCUGUACGCCAAUCAGGAGACCAUGACGCAGACCGGUCGUACCGUCCACACUCUGAGCCUGCCCGUCAGCUCCGAGAUGGCUCCCACAUUCAAAGUACUCGUGUACCACGUGACGGAGGACGGGGAGGUGCUCUCGGACGCCAUCACUCUGCCCGUGGAGGGCAUUGGUAGCGGUGCGGUGGAUCUGAAGCUGAACCAGGACAAGGACCACUCUAAGGCCACUGUAGAGGCCGUGUGUCGCUCCAUCCCUGGCUCGUUUUUCGGUCUGUCCGGCCUGCGCACGGACGCGCGCCGCGCCGCAGGAGACUCGGAGCUCAGCAAGGCCAGUGUGCUGCGGGAGCUCUACUCGUUCGAGAACUUCACCAGGUCCGUCCACUCUGUGACCCGCCGGUUCCGCGGCGGCCUUCACCCGGACGAUGUGGACUACUUCUCCGCUCCCAACUACGGUGUGGACGCCAAUAGGACGUUCGCCUUCGCUCAGCUGGUGGUGUUUACGGACGGAGCCGUGCCGCAGCUGCCUACCACACUGGCUUCGGCGUGUAACAUUACGCUGGGCCAGCGCUCCUGUCUCACCUCGGGCUGUUACCGAGUCGAGGAGCGGUGCGACGGUCGCCGCGCCUGUGCCGACGGCUCAGACGAGCACGACUGCGCGCCACACGGCGGAGACGCCGAGGCAGAGUUCCGCCGCACCAGGAAGAAUCGGCUGCGAACCAUGUACGACCAGCGACAGGGCGACUGGAUCUGGAAGGAUGUGCAGAUCGGGUACCGCGCCACCGAGGAGGUGGUGCUGAGAGUACCUCGUCAGGACGCGCUCUACUACGUCACGGCGUUCAGCGUCAGCCAGCAGAACGGCUUCGGAAUCAUCGAACAGCCGCUGGUGUACAACACCACGACACCGUUCUACAUGCGGAUGGAGAUGCCGACCCGGUGUCGGCGCGGCGAGCAGAUCGGUGUGCGGGCUGUUCUCUCCAAUAACGUGGCCCAGGAGCAGCUGGCCCUGCUCGUCCUGCCAGCCUCGGACCAGUACAAGUUUGUGCACGUGGAACCGGACGGUUACGUGCAGCACUUCCGACCGCGGCUCAGCGGUGGAGCGCACCAGCAUCUGGUGGUGCUGCCUCCAUUCACCAGUGUGGAGGUGGACAUCCCGAUCGCGCCUCAGAUCCAGCAGGGAGAGCUGACGGUAACACUGACGGCGCUCACCCAGGUCGGCAGGGAGGACGUCAGCCGCACUAUGCUGGUCGAGCCGGAGGGAGUGACCAUCAACAAGCACACAUCGUUCCUUCUGGAUCUGAAGAACCGCGCCGUCGAGUUCAAGUACCUGGAUGUGAUCGUCGAGCAGUCGCCCGUGGUGCCGUACGCCAGCUGGAGGCGAUUCGUGUUCGAUUCACCCAUGGGACACGUCACUGUCACAGGUGACGUGGUCGGCCCCAUCUUCCCCACCGGCGGACCGGUCAACACCUCCGUCCUGCUCAACCGACGACUCCGCAGUACCGAGGCAUCCGCCUUCGACUUCGGCGCCAACCUGUGGUCGCUGCACUACCUGCGUCUGACCAGCCAGUUUCGGUUGAGUGCCGCGCGGCCUGUGUUCGAACAGAUGAACGUCGACAUGGCUGCCGUGCUGUACCGGUUUGACGCCAACGGCGCUUAUAGGAUGUGGGACUCUGCACCGCCCUCUGUAUGGCUUACCGCCUGGGUGACGCGGCUCUUCCAGGAGGCCAAGUUCCAGGACUGGGAGAACUUCCUUUACAUCGAGCCGGCCAUCGUCUCCAAGGCCAUGUCUUGGCUGGUGCAGCACCAGGACAACGCCACCGGAGCGUUCUUUGAGACCAGCAACUACUCGGCUCCGCUCGACCCCAAGAUCGACCCCAAGUCGUCUCGUCCAUCGGACCCGGUGCCUUUACGAAACAUCUCACUGACAGCCCAGGUGCUGAUCACCCUCUGCGAGACAAUCGACUCGCUGCAGGGUGACCUGAGAGCCAGAGCCAAUGUCGCCAAAAGAGGCGCUGUCAGCUAUCUGGAGUACCAGUUGAGGACGCUGAGCCGGCCGUACGAGGUGGCCGUCACCACCUAUGCCCUGAUGGUCGCCAACAGCGUCGAGAGAAACGUCGCCUUCAACAUGCUCGACCGACUGAAGCGCAAAGUCGACGGUAUGAUCUAUUGGUCGCCGGCUCCGAUCGAAACUAACCGCCUGACCAACGAGAACAGUCAGAGGAACCUGCUGCAGCCGAAACUCGAACAGCUGUACGACACCAGGGCGGUGGAGACGACUGCGUACGGCCUGCUGGCCUACCUGAUCCGGGACGGCGUCAACAUUGACCAGGAGAAGAUGGUGCUCUGGCUCAACACGAUGAGGAUGAACGACGGCGGAUUCAUCACCACCACGGACUCACUGGUAGCCCUGCGAGCGCUGGUCGAAUACUCAUACCGCGCCCGCCUGCGUGAUAUUACCGAGAUGAAGGUGAACAUCGAGGCCACGGCUUCUGAGCUGGACUCUACGCUCACUAUCAACAACGCCACGCUGAUGAAAACCCACCGACUGGACUUUGAGAACGUCUGGGGCCACCUGAACGUGAUCGGCAACGGCGCCGGCCAGGCGGUGGUACAGCUGGACGUCAACUACGGCGUGGAUACCCAGAUCGGCAUCAAACAGCCGCCCGUCAAGUCCUUCAACCUCACCGUCACUGAGGACUUCAAACAGUUCAGAAACAAGUCCAUCGGCGUGGUCGACGUGUGCGCCAGAUGGGUAUACCUGGAGGAGGGCCCGCAGAGCGGCUCUGCUGUACUGGAGAUCGAGAACCCCACCGGCUACGUGCUAUACCAGCCGGACGGUGACGCCGUGGUGCGAGAGGCCCAGCGCACCGGUGUCAGUCAGCUGCGAGACGUCAUCGGCGGGCACACCUACGACCACGAGCGAUCCACCACAUGGUUCUUCGAUCACAUUCCCGGUAACGAGAGUCUGUGCUUCAACUACACCAUUCGCCGCUGGUUCCCCGUGGCCAACAUGACCAAGUACCGACGGGCGCUGCUCUACGAACAAUACCAACCCGAACGUUUUGAGAUGCAGAUGGUGAACUCGACAGUGCUGCACGUGCUGAACAUCUGCGAGGUGUGCGGCUCCUACCAGUGUCCCUACUGUCCGUUCUACUCGUCUGCUGGUGUCCUGUCUGCCUCCGUCACCCUACUGGCGCUGGCUGUCGGGGCGGUACUGUGGGCGGGCGGCUCCACCGGCAGCUAAACAGCCUAUUUCAGAGCGAUCCACUGAAUUGAGACUCGGCUGGUAACCGAAGAACCACCCUUUGCAGUAGGUUGCGUUAUCCGUUAUGAGAUUUUCCGAGCCAGUAGUUUCUCCCUCUGGUAAGUCUCAUCGAACUGGUGUCUGUGUGUGUACUAUGCGUACUAGUGAUGUCAGUUACGGAAAAUCGGAAUACCGAUACCAAACCAAAUGCUAACCAAAACCGUGGAGAAAUACCGAAACCAAACCAACUUGGGAACAUGAGGAAAAUACCAACUUUUUACCGAUUUCUUAGCCUCUCAAACAUUAGCGAGGGUUCAUGAUACCAACAAAAUAUCAAACACAUUAGGAUUGAAAUACCAAAUACCGAGUUGGUAUCGGUUUGGUAUCGGUAUACCAAAAAGUUGGUAUCCGAUUGACAUCUCUAGUGCGUACUGUGUGCUGCCUCUCAUUACCAAAAUGACAUGUGAUGCUUGUGAAGAUUACUCGAUCCAAAGAAGUGUUCACGACGUCGUAUGUGACUCCUGUUUAGUUUGCCUAGCUUUAGCUAGUGAGAAACAUUGCUUUUUGCACACCUCAUCAUGUUUGGCUAUUGCUCCAUGCACCAUCAGUUUGUUUUAGCAUGUAAGUUUUCAUGGGAAUCAUGACGGGUGUACGCCAGAAUCUCACCUCUCAGUGAUGUCUGUAUCUCAUGUAUCGCGUUAUUCCUCACUCCAUGACGAAGGUCAGUCCUUUUUGGCAUUAUGUAGCCAUUGCUUUUGAGCCAGUGCUUUUUUCGUUUCAUAUCGAGUUUAGCAUUAAGUUAAUUCUAAGGUAGCUACUGUCUUCCAGCGAAGCACCUAGCACUGCACGGGGCGUCAAAAUGACGUAACGAAAGCUUUCCGUCCGUGAUUUGUUCCGUCCAUUAAAUAAGCUAGCGUAGCGCCAUUGUAGCGAAACAUCCACGACUGAUAUAGUCCGAAAGGUGUUUUGGAACGAUCGGUUGUGUCGUGAAUCAUGACAUGUAGUUUUAGGCUCAUUGUAUCUCUAAGAUCUCCACUCAAAGACGAAGAAAUGUUGGUUGUCCAAAGAUUUUCUUGUUAAUUCGUGGUGGUGGUUGCCAGAUAUUUUUGCCAGUUUCAUCAACGCGUGUUUUUAUCUUGCCGCUAUCUGGGAAGAUGUUAAUGUGCUGCCGUUUGUAUACCGUUUUGCGGGUAACAUAAACGCGAACUUCGAUGUCCGCAUGAAAUGUGCCCACCUAGCAACUCGUCGUCCUCGGGUGCUCUUGACCUCCAGCUACAUAUCAAUUAUUAACGCACUCUGAACAUUUCGAUAUAGUGAAACAAUUAUGGCAGCUGUGUUUCAGGUCUGACUUUUGGAGACAUGUUGACUGUUGAGCACUCGUGUUUUCCGACGAACCUGUUCCGUCCAUGUGUGAUGCUUUUAGGAUAUAAAUAAACGCCUCUUUUGAGUUA